UGUGGGAAAUAAAAAAGGAGUGGACUGAAGUCUUCUUUAUCGAAAAAUGACAAAAAAGAGUUACGCCGUUUUUCCUGACCAUACAAAGGCUAAUUAAGGCAUUGUAUUACGAGUUUGUUCGGAUAUCGAGGUAGUGGAGCGUACACACCUUCAUAUAAAUAUGGUGAUUCGUGGACUUCGAUGUUAUAUUCAAACCAGCGAGUAACCGUGAAAAUGGUACUUUUAGUGCAUUGUGCUUUUUUAUUUUUGUUCAUAAUGGAGUGUUAUACUCUCACAUGCCGAUCCGAACAUGGUCCAAAAAAUGAAGAAUUAAAAAAAGUUUUUAAUAAUUGCGUAAGACAGCAGCAAGGAAAGAGUAGUGAAAACAGACGUCAAUCUUCAGAGAACGAAUGGGGAAAUCGAGGUGAAAAUCAAAGAAAUCAAUGGGAAAGAGACAAUAGAAAUGAGAACAGAGACGAAAGAAUGGGUAAUAGGGAUAACAAGAGAGACAGAGAAAGAAAUAAAGACUACAGAGGUAACAGUGGUAGAAAUGAUGGGACAAACAGUAACAUGGAUGAAAAUAGAAGAGAUGGAAGAUAUAAUGGGAACAAUGGGCGGGAUAAUAGAAUGGGUAAUACGAACGGCAUGGGAAAAGGUAAUAGCGGAGGGAGAAAUGACAUGACAAACGGUUAUGGCACUACUGAACGUUUAAGAGGUCAAGAUGAAUUUUUGCAGAGCGAAGAAUAUGGUGAUGCCUCACAGAAUAACUACUACGCAUCAAUAAAGCCACCAACGAGAUACAAACGUGAGAAACGCGUAGAAAUGAAUUCUGGACAAAGGAGCCAAUACAACCCUCACUCGCAAAGAAAUAACGGGAACCGUGAAAAUGAUAAUGGUGAUGGAAGAAAUUCCAGUGAAAAUAAUUCUAGCAAUGAAAUCGACAAGGCUUGCGUACUGCAUUGCUUCAUGGAAAAUUUACAUAUGACAGAUGACCGUGGAAUGCCGGACAGAUAUCUAGUUACGCAUGCUUUGACUAAGGACGAGAAAAACGAAGAUUUGAGAGAUUUCCUGCAAGAAUCUAUUGAAGAGUGUUUUCAAAUACUUGAUAAUGAGAACACCGAAGACAAAUGCGAAUUCUCCAAGAACUUAUUGACUUGUUUAUCGGAAAAGGGACGAGCAAAUUGUGACGACUGGAAUGGGAAACCAAGUUUUCUAUUUUAACUUAUUACUUAAUACUUAGUUAAGCUUACGAAACAGUGCAUUCAUUGAUUAGGAUUACUUAACUACGAUUAUACAUUUUUGUAGUAUUCA